CCUUGUGCGCCAUCAUCCCCGACCAACUCCAGAACCGCUCCACUCCCUCGCCGCACUCUCCGCCAUGUCUCUGCUUCCCGAUCUCGCUCGCGCAGAGGAGCUCGCCAAGUCCAGCCAGCGACAGCAAGCCAUUGCUCUCUUCCAGACUCUGCUCACUACGGCCCAAUCUCGAGAGUCGAGCACAGAGGAAGAUCUCAAGGUCAAGGAAACCGCCAUCACCCAGCUUGGCUCUCUCUACGGCACCGAAAAAAAGCCUGAGGACCUUGCCAACCUCAUCAGAUCGUCUCGGACCUUCCUCGCCACGAUUCCCAAGGCCAAGACUUCGAAAAUCAUUCGAACCUUGCUGGAAAACUUCUCCGAGAUCCCGGACUCGCUGCCACUGCAGGUGCAAGUCUGCCGAGAGUCGAUCGAGUGGGCCACGACUGAGAAGCGGAUCUUUCUGAAGCAGCAGCUCGAGACCAAGAUGAUUGCCCUGUUCUUGGAUAACAAGAUGUACUCGGAUGCCUUGACCCUGAUCGGCACGCUCUUGAAGGAACUGAAACGACUGGACGACAAGGCCGUCUUGAUGGAGGUUCAGCUUCUGGAGAGUCGAGUGUAUCACUGUCUCCGCAACCAGGCAAAGUCGAGGGCUGCUCUCACCUCGGCCCGUACGUCCGCCAAUGCUGUGUACUGCCCUCCUCUGAUGCAAGCCCAGCUGGAUAUGCAGUCGGGCAUCCUGCAUGCCGAAGAGAAGGAUUACAAGACUGCUUACUCGUACUUUUACGAGGCUCUCGAAGGAUUCUCGUCGCAAGAUGACCGCCGAGCCCUUCUGGGACUCAAGUACAUGCUCCUCUGCAAGAUCAUGCUUAACCUGACGGACGACGUUCAUUCCAUCAUCAACGGCAAGCUGGCCCUCCGAUACGCUGGCCCUGAAAUCGAGGCCAUGCGUGCUGUUGCCAAUGCGCACCAGAACCGCUCCCUGUUGGAGUUUGAGCAAGCGCUAUCAAAGUACAAGGACGAGCUCGGCAACGAUCCCAUCAUCCGCUCUCAUCUGGCGGACCUGUACGAUACGCUGCUGGAGCAGAACCUGCUGCGAAUCAUCGAGCCGUUCUCCAAGGUCGAGAUUGCCCACGUCGCAGCGCUGGUGAAGCUGCCUGUGACAACUGUGGAGAGCAAGCUCUCGCAGAUGAUCCUGGACAAGGUGUUCCACGGUAUACUGGACCAGGGCGCAGGAUGCUUGAUCGUCUUUGACGAGCCCAUUUCUGAUAAAACAUACGAACUUGCACUCGAUACCUUGAAGCAUAUGAGCCAGGCUGUCGAGUCGCUGUACGAAAAGGCUGCAAACUUGACCUACUGAGCUCGCGAUCGGGCUUGUGGAUCUGGCCCAUUCAUAUGCCAUUGAUCCGAUCGGUAGCCGCGAUCGCCCGAUUUCGGAUCGUGGCUCUAGAGUCUGGGUACUGAGGGAGGGCCGCGGUUCAUCCCGGACUGAGGCAUCGCUGAGGCAUCGCUGAGGCAUCGCCGACAUGGCACUCAAGCCGUGCAUGUUCCCUCAUCAAACGAGCAAACGAGCAAACGAGCAACACGAGCACUCUUCGCGACCCGUCAGCGCACA